AUGUCGAAUGUAAGUAAUGCUCUUGUAUGGGAAUUAACCAGAAAAAGCAACUGCUUUAUUAAAAAAAACAAAGCAGGUAAAAAAGGAGUUUUCUUAUGUGACCCUUUGAAUGUAAAUUAUAAGAAUACACCAUCCAGUAGUGGACUUGUAAAAAGUAACUCUACCAAUGUCACCUUGAAAGAUGGAA